UAGUAGUAGUAGUUUAAGAUUCCUUUUCUUUUAAACUUUAAGAUUACUUUUAGUCUAUCUAACAUCGACACUUUAGAUUGAAGGCGUGUUGACUCUCUAACAUGUCACUUUUUUUGUCAAAUUAAUAUUGGUAUUUACGUGUUUGUGUCAGUGUUAUUGUUUCAUAGCUUUUGGUUGAACACACAAACUCUUGCAGCAUAUUAUGUUUCAUUUCUUUAUAGAAAAUUAGUUAUCUACUUGUGUGAUGACCUCAUAUCAAUUUCAGGUAAUGAGAAAAUCUGGUUAGCAUAUCAAAGUUUGUCUCUAUUAGUCUGCUACGGACUUGCAGAAUAAUAGAACCUAAGUUCAAAAAAUCUUGAAAAUUAUUGGUCCGAAACUACCACCUCAACAACUCUUCCUCUAACUUCUAUAUUUAGCUUGGUUAUUGGGCUUAGGCUUAAAACCAAGUGUUCAGUCGUCACUGAGGGUAUUUUGACUGAUCUAGAGAUCAUGGCAGAGGCUGUGAAUUUUCUUCUGCAAAGGCUUGUACCUGUAUUCGAGAAUGAGGUGAAUUUGCUCACAGGGGUUGAAGCAGAAGUGGUGUAUCUGAAAGAAAAAUUGGAGCUCAUAAAAGCUUUCUUAAAGGUUGCUGAUGCGUUAGAAGAAAGUGACGAGGAACUCAAAGUUUGGGUUAAGCAAGUCAGAGAUGUUGCUCAUGAGACUGAAGAUAUUCUUGAUGAAUUGGAACUUCUUGUCCAGGCGCGUAAUCAUACAAACAGAUUCUUUGUUUUUUUACGCAUCAGGAAUAUGAAAGCUCGUUAUCGGAUUGCUCAUGAGUUGAAAAACAUCAACUCUCGCAUGACAACUAUUUUUUCAAUCCACAAGAGAUUCCUCAGAAAACUAGACUUUGCUUCAGAUGCUUCAAAUUCCAUUUAUACAGCAGGUAAAAUAUGGCAUGAUCAACGAGGAGAUGCUCUUCUUUUAGACAACACUGAUCUAGUGGGCAUAGACAGACAUAAAAAUCAGUUGAUUAGGUGGUUGAUUAAAGGUUCUCGUGGACGCAAAGUAAUUUCGGUUACCGGAAUGGGAGGGAUGGGAAAAACUACUUUAGUGAAAAAAGUAUAUGAUGAUCCAAAGGUGAUAAAACACUUUGAUGCCUGCGCUUGGGUUACUGUUUCUCAAUCUUGUGCAAUUGAGGAGCUACUCAGAGACUUGGCCCAAAAGCUUUUUUCCGAAAUAAGACGAAAAGUUCCAAAAGGCCUGGAAAGCAUGCAUAGAGACAAGUUGAAAAUGAUUAUCAAAAAGCUGUUGCAGAGAAGGAAGUACCUGGUUGUAUUUGAUGAUGUGUGGCAUAGGCAUGAAUGGGAAGCUGUCAGAUAUGCACUUCCAAAAAACAAUUAUGGCAGCAGGAUCAUGCUCACCACACGUAAAUCUAACUUAGCCAAUAUUUCCAGCAAAGAAUCCAAAGGUAAGGUAUAUAACCUACAACCCUUGAAAGAAGAUGAAGCAUGGGAUCUAUUUUGCAAAAAGACUUUCCAAGGUCACCGAUGCCCUUCAUAUUUAAUUAACAUAUGUAGUUAUAUCUUAAGAAAAUGUGAGGGCCUUCCUCUUGCGAUUGUAGCAAUGAGUGGUGUCCUUGCUACAAAAGACAAACAUAGGAUAGAUGAGUGGGAUAGGAUUUGCCGUAGUCUUGGAGCUGAAAUUCAAAUCAACGGAAAACUUGAUAAUCUGAAAACAGUACUUAGCCUCAGUUUUAAUGAUUUGCCUCACUACUUAAAGUAUUGUUUCUUGUACUUAAGCAUGUUUCCUGAGGACUAUCUGAUUCAACGCAUGAGGUUGAUUCGGUUAUGGAUAGCAGAAGGAUUUAUCAAAGCCGGAGAAGGAAAAACAAUGGAAGAUAUUGCAGAGGAUUACCUGAAGAAGCUUAUAAACAGAAACUUGUUACAAGUAGCAGAGCGAACAUCUGAUGGAAGAGUCAAAACUUUGAGGAUCCAUGAUCUUUUGAGGGAGAUUAUUAUUUUGAAGUCAAAGGACCAAAACUUUGCAACAAUUGUCAAAGAACAGACUGUGAUACGGGCUGAAAAGAUUCGACGACUUUCACUUCAAGGUACACUACCAAUUCCAAAUGGACAGCAACAUAUAUCUGUCUCUCAACUCCGUUCUCUCUUAAUGUUUGGAGUGGAUGAAAAUUUAUCCCUCGGCAAACUGUUUCCAGGUGGAUUCAAACUCCUCAAUGUUUUAGAUUAUCAAGAUUCACCUUUGAAGAAGUUUCCGAAAGCAGUUGUUGACCUAUAUCAUUUAACAUAUCUGAGCUUGAGAAACACACAGGUGAAAACGAUUCCAAAUUGUAUACUAGGAAAGUUGCAAAAUCUAGAAACACUGGAUCUCAAGAAUACUUGUGUUACAGAAUUGCCUACAGAUAUAGUGAAGGUUAAGAAGCUACGCCAUCUUCUUGUAUACCAGUCUAAAGUCGAAGGUUACGCACAAUUUCACUCCAAAUAUGGUUUUAAAGCCCCCCUUGAAAUAGGAAAUUUACAGUCACUACAAAAGCUUUGUUUUGUAGAGGCAAACAAAGGAUGCAGAAUGAUAAUAAGACAUUUAAAGGAGCUGAGCCAACUAAGAAGGUUAGGCAUCAUGAGACUCAGAGAGGAAGAUGGGAAGGAUUUCUGUUUCUGCAUUGAAAAAUUAGUCAGUCUUUCUGCACUCUCUGUUACUUCUGAGGGUGAGAAUAAAGUUAUUGAUUUGACAUCUCUUUCUACACCGCCUCCAUUUCUUCAACGAUUGUAUUUGUCAGGGAGGCUAAAAGAGUUACCAUGCUGGAUACCUUCACUUCAUAACCUGGCCAGGUUAUUUCUGAAAUGGAGCUAUUUGAAACAUGAUCCACUGGUAUAUCUGCAGGAUUUGCCAAACCUUGCACAUCUUGAACUACUUCAAGUUUAUGAUGGUGACACAUUGCAUUUCAAGUGUGGGAAGUUCAAUAAGCUCAAGGUUUUAGGCAUCGACAAAUUUGAAGAACUCGGUCAGGUGAUAGUGGGGAAAGGUGCAAUGCCUUGCCUUGAAACACUGAGCAUUGGGCGUUGUGAGUCAUUGAAGAAGGUGCCAUCAGGCAUUGAAAAUUUGACUAAAAUUAAAGUCCUAGAGUUUUUCGAUAUGCCAGAUGAACUCAUGAUGACAAUAUGCCAACAUGGUCCGGGAAAAGAUUACUGGAAAGUAUCACAUAUACCAGAGGUUUAUUCUACCUAUUGGAGAGAUGGUGGCUGGGAUGUUUAUGCACUAGACAGUCUCAGAGAUUGUUCUCCCCGAUCUGGCACAGUCAGGAGAAGCCAUGAGUGCCGGAAUCAGUGGAAGGUGUAGCAUUAAAUUAGGGAAUUAUAACAAAAAUAUAUAGAAUAAGUUGUGUAUAUUGUAUAUUAACAAACUGAGCUGACUUGUUUCAUGUAUAUAUGUCAGCACUCAAAAUAAAGGUGUAGAUUUUAUUUCACCUUUGUGUAAAUUUGAUCAUUAAUAUAUAUAA